GAGAGAAGAGAUGGGAGAAAAAGAAGAGACCAUGAGACCAGGAAAUCAUUAUAAAAAUAAAAGGGAAAUGAUUUUCCUUCCAGUGAUGAGUCCGUGAAGUGGUCACCUAGUGGAUACAUACGCAACGUUCUUCUUUCGUUUUUUGACGAGGUCCACAAUGGGGACAUUCAGGGCACUUUUGCUAGUUGUCGUCAGCGUAUGCGUUUUCAACGUGCUCCGAGCAACACCCGUUCCGGAUGAGGAGAAAUAUUCCGAUAAAUACGACGAUGUUGACUAUAAAUCCAUCCUCAACAGCAAACGUUUGCUCAAUAAUUAUGUCAAGUGCCUUUUGGACGAAGGACCUUGCACCGCAGAGGGCAAAGCAUUGCGAGACCAAUUGCCGGACAUUUUAGCCACGGAAUGCAAGAAAUGCACUGAUAAACAGAAGAAAGGCUCGCUAGACAUACUGGAAAUUCUACAGACGGAGCAUCAAGAUGCAUGGACGGUUCUGGCAAAACGAUGGGACCCAGAGGAUAAGUUGACUAAACCGCUGAUGGAGAAGUUAAAAAAAGAAACCGGCCAGGCUUAAAGACUUCUCGUAGCUCCCAAGCGCUGCUAAAUGCUAAGGAAGAACGUCGUAUAAACCAUUGUGCGUUGCCAAAUUUCCUUCGGUAAAAUACGAAUUUUCAGGAGAAUUUGUAAGAAUUUUCCGUCGAAUUUUCCAGCAAAUUUUCCCAGCGAUGUGAUCAACAGUACCUAUCAAAAGAUUUCAAGUAGAAAUAUUCAUUAGUGGUCUCAAAAUUAAUAUUUAAGAGGGGAAAUUUGGCGACUCCCGGAUGUUUAUAAGACGUUUUUCCUUAGCACAGCAGAGCGCAUGUUGGAACACUUUUUUCUUGGCGAAUAAUUGCUAAGUACUCCUGCCCUGGUCAAGUUUAAACACUUACGGGGGAAAAAAUCAAAAAUAAAGAUAAACCAAAGAAGAAAUGAAUUCUAUCAUUUUUUAAGUUCCUCAAUAUCUUCUUAUGAACAAACAUCU